UCUGCAGAGCUAUGAACUAUGGAGGAGGCAGGCAGCUCCCUGCGGCAUCACCGUCCUGUGCCCCCACUACCAGCCCUCCUCUCCUGUCCUGCACUGCUGCGCCUCAUCUGUCUAAUGAUGCUCUCUUUUCCACAGCACUGGGGUACUACAGCAUCAGAGACAGCUCCACAUUGCAAUGAGACUGCAGGAGCCACCAACAGUACAUUGGCAGAAGAAGAAAGGACAUCUCAAAAGAAUAGCAGCAGCAGAGACAGCAACAGCUACAGUGACAGCCAUGUAUUCCAUACAGAAAUCACACUGCCAUCCAGACUUGUCUAUUAUCUCAACAAGGAAUCAGAGAGCCCAUAUCAUGUCCUUGAUACCAGGGCUAGAGAUCAGCAAAAACAUAACAAGGUAGUGCAUCUCGCCCAAACAAGCUUCCAGAUAGAAGCAUUUGGUAGAAAAUUUGUCCUUGACCUGAUGUUAAACAAUGACCUUUUGUCCUCGGAUUACACAGAGAUUGAGUACAAAGAAGGAAAACCAAAAGUAACCAAGGGUGGAGAACAUUGCUAUUAUCAUGGCGAAAUCAGAGGAAUCCUGAACUCAAAAGCAGCCAUUUCUACUUGUAAUGGUUUACAUGGGAUGUUUGAUGAUGGAAAAUACAUUUACACGAUAGAACCAGUGGACAUAAUUCAUAUUACCGAAAGCACAAGUCGACCACACUUCAUAGAGCGAACCUUACAAAACUACAUGCAACAAAAUUAUCUUGAUUCAAAAUUUGAAGGAAACAUCAGCAGCCAGCAACCUCCCGUAGCGCAAACACAGUGGUUAAGGAGGAAAAGAAGGAAAAGAGCAUUACCCGCUUCCCCUAGUGUGUUUGAUGAGAUGAAGUACGUAGAACUCAUGAUUGUUAAUGAUCAUCAAAUGUACAAGAAGCAUCGCUCCUCUCACAUGUACACCAAUAACUUUGCAAAAUCAGUAGUGAACCUAGUAGAUUCUAUUUACAAGGAGCAGUUAAAUACACGGGUUGUUUUAGUUGCUGUGGAAACGUGGACGGACAAGGAUCGAAUUCCAAUUGGUUCUGACCCUAUGAAGAUGCUCCAUGACUUCUCUAAAUAUCGACAGCAUCACAUCAAGCAGCACGCCGAUGCUGUACAUCUUCUCUCGAAUGGCACUUUUCAUUACAAGAGAAGCAGUGUAAGCUACUUUGGGGGAGUGUGUUCUCAGUCUAGAGGAGUUGGAGUGAAUGAGUAUGGAAUUCUGAUGUCUAUGGCACAGCAGCUGGCACAGAGUCUGGCACAAAACCUUGGCAUCCAGUGGGAGCCAGCAUCUCGUAAGCCAAAGUGUGACUGCACAGAAAGCUUUGGAGGAUGCAUUAUGGAGGAGACAGGGGUGUAUCAUUCGCGCAAAUUUUCCAAGUGUAGCAUUGCGGAGUACAAAGAAUUUCUGAACCGUGGCGGUGGUUCAUGUCUGUUCAAUAGACCAACCAAGUUAUUUGAAGUAACAGAGUGUGGGAAUGGGUAUGUGGAGGCAGGAGAAGAGUGUGACUGUGGAUUUAGAAUGGACUGCUUUGAAACCUGCUGCAAGAAAUGCUCUCUUGCGAAUGGAGCACACUGCAGUGAUGGCCCUUGCUGUAACACAACCUGUUUGUUCCUUUCAAGGGAGAACGACUGCCGCUAUGCAGUGAAUGAGUGUGACAUCACAGAGCACUGUACUGGGGACUCUGGGCAGUGCCCACCUAAUCUCCGUAAACAAGAUGGAUAUGCAUGUGACUCUAAUCAGGGACGCUGUUACAACGGUGAAUGCAAAACGAGAGACAAUCAAUGCAAACACAUCUGGGGAAACAAGGCUGCUGGCUCAGACAAGUUUUGUUAUGAAAAGCUGAACACUGAAGGCACAGAGAAAGGAAACUGUGGAAAGGAUGGAGAUCGCUGGAUUCAGUGCAGUAAACAUGAUGUAUUUUGUGGUUUCUUGCUGUGUGCAAAUGUAUCCAAAAUUCCUCGAAUUGGCGAGUUACGAGGAGAUACGCUACCAACACUCAUUAAUCACCAAGGAAGGGUAGUGGACUGCAGUGGGGCUCAUGUUGUUUUGGAUGAUGAGACUGAUAUGGGAUAUGUUGAAGAUGGAACCCCAUGUGGUCCCUCCAUGAUGUGCAUAGACAGGAAGUGCCUACCAAUUCAGUCACUUAACAUCAGCAGCUGCCCCUUGGGUACCAAUGGAAAAAUGUGUUCUGGACAUGGGGUUUGUAGCAAUGAAGCCACAUGCAUUUGCAGUUACACCUGGGCAGGAACAGAUUGCAGUAUCUAUGACCCAAAGAAGGAGACCAACAACAAAAAGGAUGAUUUACCCAAGGUGAGCAUGGCCACUAACAGACUUAUAGGUGCAGUGGCAGGGACCAUUCUGGCUCUGGGGGUGAUAUUUGGAGGCACAGGGUGGGGAAUUGAGUAAGCAUUAUUUUGUUAAGUUUUGUGUUUGGUGCCUACUGUGUGAGGUAAUAGUUUGUGUG